UGGGGUUAAAGGUUACGUAAAAGAUGGCGGCCCCCAGGCGCAGUUAAGGCGUGCAGUGCAGGAUGGCUCUGGUGGGCCUAGGUCGUGCGGGCCGGCGGCUGAAGUGGCCGGGGCCCGGCCGCGGGCACUGGACGCCGGCCGGACAUUUCCUCUGCCGCCUGUGGCUACGGAUUCACACUGCUGUCCUCCAGAACCAAGGACGUCACCAAAGUUUGGGGCAUGGGGUUCAACAAAGACUCUCAGCUUGGAUUUCACCAGAGUCGGAAGGAUAAAACCCGGGGCUAUGAGUAUGUGCUGGAGCCCUCACCUGUCGCGCUGCCUCUGGACCGACCCCAGGAGACCCGCGUGCUGCAGGUGGCCUGUGGCCGCGCCCACUCCCUCGUCCUGACCGACCGCGAAGGAGUUUUCAGCAUGGGCAACAACGCGUACGGACAGUGUGGCCGGAAGGUGGUGGAGGACGAGCGGUACAGCGAGAGCCACAAGGUGCACAGGAUGCAGGGCUUCGAUGGCCAGGUGGUCCAGGUGGCCUGCGGGCAGGAUCACAGUCUCUUCCUCACCGACUGCGGUGAAGUCUAUUCUUGUGGCUGGGGCGCCGACGGGCAAACAGGUCUGGGUCACUACAACAUCACCAGCACGCCCACCAAGCUGGGCGGAGACCUGGCCGGAGUGGAGGUCGUCCAGGUCGCCACCUAUGGCGACUGCUGCCUGGCUGUGUCGGCUGAUGGAGCUGUGUUUGGGUGGGGGAACUCCGAGUACCUGCAGCUGGCAUCCGUCACGGACUCCACACAGGUCAACGUGCCCCGGAGCCUGCCCUUCUCAGGAGUGGGGAAGGUGAAGCAGGUGGCCUGCGGCGGGACGUGCUGCGGUGUGCUGAACGGAGAAGGCUGUGUUUUUGUCUGGGGCUAUGGAAUUCUUGGGAAAGGACCCCGCCUGGUGGAAACUGCUCUCCCAGAAAUGAUUCCACCCACGCUCUUCGGCCUCACGGAGUUCAGCCCAGAUGUGCAGGUUUCCCGCAUUCGAUGUGGACUCAGCCACUUUGCUGCCCUGACCAACAGAGGUGAACUCUUCGUGUGGGGCAAGAACAUCCGUGGCUGCCUGGGGAUCGGCCACCUGAAAGACCAGUAUUUCCCGUGGCGGGUGACGAUGCCCGGCGAGCCUGUGGACAUGGCGUGCGGUGUGGACCACAUGGUGACCCUGGCCAAGUCGUUCAUCUGAGUCCCCUUCCUGGCCUGCUCAAGGCUGGCCCUGGCCUCAGCGUCUCCGUGGAAGGGACACGGCACAGGCCUGCGCUUUGAUGGCCCUCGUGCAGUCUCCUGCCGCCCUUGGCAAUGUCUGUGCCAGCUUUGGGGCUGUGGCCCAUGCCAGCAGCACACACAGGAUGGCUGCCCUCGGUGGGCCCAGCUCCUGAGGAGCCCACGGCCGCUGCCUGCAGGGCGAGGACAGUCAGCACCUUUCACGCUGCCCAGCAGCACACGCUGGGGCCAUGUCUGCCGGAAUGCCAGCCUGCUGGUUUCAGGAUGUGACUGCAUCACACAGGGUCAGGAGGGCGUCUGUGGCAGGCUCAGCUGGUGCCGGGCAGGCUCUGUGCGCCUCGGGCCGGGCACUGUGUCGUGAGCCAGGCUGGCCUCGCAUGGCCUUCGUUCUCGCCCCACUCGCCGCGGGUUCUGGCUGCAGCCACACUGCGGGCUCCCUGGUGGAACUCAGCGGCCUGGGCCGGGCUGUGACCUAACGACCGUCCUCACUGUCCACCUGCGAGGCUGAGCAGGCCCUGCAGGAGGACGCCGUUCCCAGUGUAGCUGCAGUGGCCUGGCUAGAGCACUGUGAGAAGUAUUGGAAUCAGGAAUGUAACUUCUCUUUCUCUUUGCAAACAGUGUUUAAAAGUCUCUUUUGGAAUAAAGUCUAUUUUCUACUGGUUUCAGAA